AUGUCCUCGGUUUGUCUAUUGCAUGUGCCGCGCCUGGUCGUAAGCUUUCGGUCAGUCCCUCGGCGCGUCGUUCGCGAUACACGUACCACGCGAGCCCUGAGCAGUAGCAGUAGUAGUAACAGCAACACCAACCGCUACACUAGCGAGGACAACCGCGUGAAAGGCAAGCUCUUGGUACUGGGAGGGACGGGAUUUUUGGGACAGACGGUAUGCAAGCGCGCGAUUGUCGAAGGUUACGACGUUACCAGUUUGUCGCGCCGUGGUUUGCCGCCGGUGACGGCCAGCGACAAGACCGUAUCGUCCUCGUCGUCAGCCUCCUCCUCCAUCAUGAACAUGGCUUCUUCCAUCAAGAUUGACUACCGCCAAGGCGACGCGCGUCAAAAGGAAGCCAUUGAGGCAAUUCUCAACGAAGGCGGCUACGUGGGAGUGAUCCACACGAUUGGACUCCUCUUUGACGAGACCUCCGGGAUGGGAUCCUACAAUCGCUUCGUUUCCGGCUCGGGUUCCUUGCCCGACGCCGAUUCGACUUACGACACCAUCACCCGACUCACUGCCUUUCACGCCAUUGACGCAGCGUCUGAAUACGCCGCUCGAGUUGCCCUGCCGACACCGCUCCCCUUUGUCUUUACGUCCGCCGCCGAAGCCGGAUGGCCCGACGUCACGGGUGGUAAUCUCAUUGAAAACAAACUGGCACCCGACUUUUUGAAACGAUACCUUCGGGCCAAACGGCAGGUCGAAGCCAAACUAUUGGACCCGUCGACGGCGCUGCUACGCCCCAUAAUCCCCCGCCCCUCUUUGAUCUACAGUAUGGAUCGACCCACCAGCUUUCCUCCGGUCGGCGCCUUCUUUAUCGGCAACGCUCUCGGAUUGCCCUUUGUGGAUCGACCCGUCACCGUACAAGCCCUGGCGUCCGCCAUGGUGCGGGCCAUUGGACGACCCGAAGUCCGCGGCAUUCUAAGGUAUCCACAAAUUGACCAACUCAACGAAUGA